GACACAAAACUCCAACGAAAGUUUCCUUUUUGUUGUACAGAUAGAACUUGCUCUAAGCUUCCAAAGUCCAAAAACCCGAUUAAAAAGCCCCCAUAAACAGCUAAACACAACACCUAAUUUCUCUCUACACACAUACUCAAAUUCAAUCUCAAAUCUCUUGAAGUUUGUUCAAAGCUCGAAUUUUUAAUUGCUUCAAUGGGUGAGAAAGAUUCAGAAACAGCUCCGAUUUGGGGAAAAACUCGACAGAGAGAGAGCAACAACAACAACAACAUACACCCAAUGGAUUUAGAGUCGUCUUCUCUAUCUGGGCAACAGCGAUCAUUGAAUCGGAGUCGAAGUUCUUAUGAAGAACGAGGAAGAGGAGUUAAAGAGUUUCGGAGUUGGUUCCCUUGGCUCAUUCCAUGUUUCGUUGUUGCUAACGUUGUCGUGUUCGUGAUCACCAUGUAUGUCAACAAUUGUCCGAAGAAAUCUGGAGACUGUUUUGCUGAUUUCUUGGGUCGAUUCUCGUUUCAGAACACCAGAGAGAAUCCUCUUCUGGGUCCUUCCUCUCUCACGUUACAAACAAUGGGUGGAUUGGAUGUAAAAAAAGUGGUUAAAGGAGAUGAAGGUUGGCGUCUACUUUCUUGCAACUGGUUACAUGGAGGAGUUGUUCAUUUACUGGUGAACAUGUUGACUCUUUUAUUCAUCGGUAUACGUAUGGAACGUGAAUUUGGUUUUAUUCGGAUUGGAUUGCUUUAUUUGAUAUCGGGCUUUGGAGGAAGUAUAUUGUCAGCUCUGUUCCUCCGCUCAAACAUCUCUGUUGGAGCAUCCGGUGCGGUGUUUGGUUUACUUGGUGGAAUGCUCUCUGAGAUCUUUAUCAACUGGACGAUCUAUUCUAAUAAGGUUGUGACGAUUAUAACUCUUGUAAUAAUUGUGGCGGUGAACUUGGGACUUGGUGUGCUCCCGGGAGUAGAUAACUUUGCUCAUAUUGGAGGGUUUGCUACGGGUUUUCUUCUUGGAUUUGUGCUCUUAAUCCGUCCCCAUUACGGAUGGAUCAACCAAAGAAACGCUCCUGGAGCUAAACCCCACAGGUUCAAGAUGUAUCAGGGCAUAUUAUGGACCGUCUCUCUUCUCCUCUUGGUCGCCGGGUUCAUUGUCGGAUUGAUCUCUCUCUUCAACAACGUCGAUGGAAACGAACAUUGCUCAUGGUGUCAUUAUCUUUCAUGUAUUCCAACUUCUAAAUGGAGCUGUAACCGAGAACCAGCUUCUUGCACGAGGAGUCAAUCAGGUAACCAAUUGAGCAUGACUUGUUUGAGGAAUGGGAAAUCAGCAUCUUACAUUUUGCCUAAUCCCUCGGAUUCACGGAUUAAUAGCUUAUGUGUUCAGCUUUGCCGUUGAUUUACUGAUUUUUAGAACAUUAUAUACAAACACACUCUACACUGUAUCUAUCAUAUUUUUUUUCUUGCUUAUCAUGUGUAUAUUUUAUAGAGACAGACCCUUGUUGAAUAAAUAAUACAAUGUUAU